AUGGACCCCGCUGUCGAACAAGUGGCCGACGAAAUUAUCGUUGAGACCGCAGUCUCUCCUUUGCUAAGUUUGAUUCAAAGUAUACCAUGGAUUCAAUACCAUAUGCCCUCCAUCGAGCACCCAUUUGGUUUAGAACUAUGGCCUAUUUUCUCCAAGGCUUUUGAAGGUGUUACUGGCUACCCUGCUGAGAAUUUCGAUUUCAUUCACAACAAGACUUUCAUGGCUAACGGUUACCAAGCCAUUGGUGUUAUUUUGGCUUACUACUUUAUUAUCUCCUCUGGUCAAGCCAUCCUACGUGCCCUCAAUGCUUCUCCUAUGAAGUUGAACUUCUUGUUCCAAUUGCACAAUUUAGUCUUGACCACUGUUUCUUUGGUUUUGUUGUUGUUGUUGGUUGAACAAUUGGUUCCAAUGGUCGCUAAAAAUGGUUUGUUUUGGGCUAUUUGCUCUAAGGAAGCUUUUGCUCCAAAAUUGGUUACUUUGUACUAUUUGAACUAUUUGACCAAAUUUUUGGAACUAUUGGACACUGUCUUCUUGAUCUUGAAGAGAAAGAAGCUUUUGUUCUUGCAUACUUACCAUCACGGUGCUACCGCUUUGCUAUGUUACACUCAGUUGACCGGUAGAACCUCCGUUGAAUGGGUCCCAAUUGCUUUGAACUUGGGCGUUCACGUUGUCAUGUACUGGUACUACUUCUUGAGUUCUCGUGGUAUUAGAGUCUGGUGGAAGGAGUGGGUUACGAGAUUCCAAAUCAUCCAGUUUUUGAUCGAUUUGGUCUUUGUUUAUUUCGCCACUUACACCUUUUACGCCCACAAGUACUUUAACAACAUUCUGCCAAACAAAGGUACUUGUUACGGUACUCAGGAUGCUGCUGCCUACGGUUACUUGAUUUUGACCUCUUAUUUAUUCCUUUUCAUCUCUUUCUACAUUCAAUCUUACAGAAAGACUACCAAGAAGAAUGAAAAGGUUACAGUCUCCGUGGAAGGUGUUUCUACUAAUGGCGAAUCUUCUGGUGUGAAGAGCAGCACCACUAGAGCCACUUCAAGAAAGGCUUAA